GAGGAUAGCAUAAAAUCGCGAAAUUUGCGAAAAUGAAAACAUCGGAACCUGAAACAGCGAUCAAUUUGUUACCAUCCGUCGCACUUUCAACAUCGUUGUGAAACAUUUGUGUACUCGUGCUUUAGAGCCGUGGCCAUCGAUUUUAUUCUUUUCCUAAUGGUGAUACCGUGACAAAACAAAAGCCAGAAUAAAUUUCAAGUGGUAAUGAGCAAUAAAUGUGUGAUGGCAGAAAGGGGAUGAAAUUUCAUUGGCCUAAGUUUAGAUUCUAUCUGAAUGCAGAGAUUGCUCCGAGACUCGGAUGAUUGUUACUACACUUGUGAUGUGAUGAAUAUGUGAAUGGUACCGUGGAGAGCAAUUGUGGGAGAUUUCAUCGUUUCGGUUUUGCCUAAAUUUAUCGUAAUUAUGCUCAGUUACGUAGGUUUCAGAAGUGUCUGGGAUAACAUUUGGAAUACAAGGGCGUGUUACGUUUAGUCCGUUAAUGGUAGUGGAAAAAAAUGCGAAGCAAAUGUUUCCUAGCUGAUACCCAUUUGGAAAUUCCACCAUCUGGCAGGUGUUGGUGUAAGCUAGAAAAGUAGAAAUAAACCUCAAAAAACGCAAACCAUCGCGCGGUGAAGUAAAAGUGCACUUGAUUUUUCUUUGCGUGCUGUGCUGCUGGAGUGCAUGGAGAAAGUGCUUGAACGAAUACGGGAAACAAUGUCACGCCGCAUCAAUCUAAUCGGAGUGUGUGCCGUCAGUGGUCUCUGCAUUUUGCUACUGUUUGCGAGCCACCGAUUCACUUCGAACAGCUAUGCGACCGAGUACUUCAAGCCUCGGGAACGGAACGCCAAUCUGAGGCUACUGAAUGCACAUAAAUACUAUGGCACUAAAAUCUUCAACCCGGGCUCAUCGUACGAUACAAAUCCAGCCAUACCGACGCCUCAAAACUCAACCGUCACUAUCGAGGACAUUCUAACUUAUCAGCGUUCACGUAUAGCCGAUGAAAUGCUUGAAUUCCAGUAUCCCAAUGAGUUGUACAACAGUGGGCCCAGUAAACUGUCCGAUUUAACUCCCGAAACGAGUGGGCAACCGAUACGUAGUAUUAUCCUGACCACGUGGCGUUCCGGUUCCACCUUUCUGGGGGACAUCCUGAACGCACUGCCGGGGAACUACUACCAUUACGAACCGUUGCUGGACUUCGAUAUCGUCCAGAUCCGGGGUCCACCAAACGACCGGAUCGCUGUCCACAAUCUGAAGCAACUGCUCAAGUGCGAUUACAACGAGAUGGAGAGUUAUCUCGAGUUUGGCAAGACGCACAACUUUUUGUUCAGUCACAACACCCGCCUCUGGCGACACUGCCGAUUGUUUCCACAGUUCUGCUACGAGACAAAGUUCCUUGGUCCGUUUUGCAAGCUGUUUCCACUGCAAAGUAUGAAAGUGGUGCGCCUUAGGGCUUCGCUCGUUACGCCACUGCUGGAGGACGAAAGCCUCAACAUACGAGUAAUCUUGUUGAUACGGGAUCCCCGGGGGUCACUGCAGUCACGCAAGCACCGGGUGUGGUGCCCCGGGCAACCAGACUGUGACCAUCCGCCAACGGUGUGCAACGAUAUGCAACUGGACUACGAAGCUGCCGUCGAGCUGACCAAACUAUACCCGACGAGGUUUCGGGCUAUCCGCUAUGAAGACCUAUCGUUGAACCCCUAUCAGAUGACCAAAGAAAUUCUAAAAUUCUACGGACUACCGUUCGAUCCGGCCGUCGAAGCAUUUCUGGACACCCACACCAAGCUGGAUAUUGGCGGCGUUAGUUCCACAUUUCGGGACUCCAAAUCGGCACCAUUCCACUGGACCAAGGAUCUCACAUAUGAAGAGGUGAAAAUCAUACAGGACAGUUGUGUAUCCGCCAUGAAAUCUUGGGGUUACAAGAAUGCCACCAGUGAGAAGGAUCUGCUCAAUUUCGAUCCACUGGUGUCCUACAGUGUGUCGUGAAGUUUGGAGGAAAAGGAGUACGGUAGCAGUUGAAUCGGCUGACGGGAAUUUUGACACAGUCACACUUGAGCUGGUUCGGUGGCAAAACACGACACGCACGAUGCACCUUCUCCCCAAUUCCUCGCUGCCCAUGGGCGACUGACUUACUGAAAUGUCUUAAUAGGGUUAAGUAUCACGUUCGUUUUGAAUGGGCGCAAAGUGCUGUAAACUGUAAAUUCGAGCAAAAUUUAGUUUAUAGGAAAAACAAUGAUAAGCAUCUGUGAUGAACUAGGUAACAUAAAUAUCGAUAAAUUCAAUGUUAAUUAAUUGCAUAUAACAAUUGUAUACUACAAACCUUUGCAUCGGACGUAGACACAAGUUUCACUAGGGGAUUCAUUGUGGCACGGGGAUACAGGGCCUACACUUCAUUUGAAAAAUGAUGAGACAGUUCCAGUUUUGAAUAAAUAAUAGAAACAAGUGUUUCGUUAGUUUAAGAGAAGGUUGAAAGUCCAACUUUUCACAACAGCAUCUAUACGAAAAUGAACUGAAAUCAAUGAAUGGGAAAAUGGUGUUGUAUAAUAAUACGUAAAACAGUAUAGUUUCCUGAAAUAAAAAAAAACAGAUUGAAACACUAUUUCAAUAUUUAUUCCAUCUAUAAACGACUAUAACCAAACAGAUGUAGCUUCAGUUGAUAGUUUUUGGUAUGUAAAAGCAGAGAAAAAUGCUUCCUAUGAAGAAAGCCCACAUUUAAAUCUGAUGUGAUCAAAUGGAGGUUCCAGGUUUCGUUUCGAAGUACCCGAGUAUUUGCGUUCGCAGGAAAAUUUGACUGGAGCAUUAUUUACAUCAGUUUCACAAAGUACGUUUGAUUUUAUUUUUUGAGCACUUCGGUUCAGUUAAUUAAUCAUCAAUUGUGUUCGAUGAUCAUCUAUAAGAAAAACAAAUAUUAUGACCGCCCCCAAUGGUUGAUAAAUCACGUCCCUAUUUUCCUAUAGUCAAUUCGAAAAAUUGUCAAGCUAUUCCAUUGAACUGAAUUAUGCUACAAUUUCAAUUAGGCCACUUAGGAUUACAUAUCUGUUCUUUCCGUGCACGCACAAGACUACUGUAACGGGACUAUUGAAGCCCACAGAAAUUACCGUGUUUAUAGCAAAGUAGAUUACUGACAUAUCCCUAAAUCGAAUUGUAGAAAUAAAAGUGAAUGUCCCUAGAACACAUUUUAAUUGAACACUCAUGGUCACGCACACCAACCAUAAAUUACAACAGUGGAAACCCAGUGCAACCCAAGUAAAAUAGUUUUGCAUUUGCGCAAUCAUUCAGUCAAGAUGAAAACAAUAAUUACUAGGUUAUAAUCACUCAUCAGUAAGUAUUAGAAAACGAUAGAUAGUUAGGGCAACUUGUUCAAUCGAAUACAACACACUGACUUUGGAGAACACUUGAUGAAAUAAGUAAUUAGAGUGCCUUUUUGAUCUGCAACCGAAUAUAAUUCAAGCCAACGUAUAGGAGAUGAUACUAAAAGUAAUGCUGAAUAUCACGCAAUACAGCCUAGAAACGAAUGAUUAUAACACAGAACAAUCGUAGUAGUAUGCCAGUAAAACAAAAAAUCUCAUUUUCUCUCAACAAUAAUAUUCGUAAUAUCUUCUCGAAAUAAACACAAAGAACGCAAAAACUAUGCUAUUUACAAACCACAAUAUUUAAUAACAGUUAACGACACCGAUCCUAGGAAACUCAUAAUUUGUAUGGAGAACCCCAAGAUGCGGAGUAAUGUGUGAAGAAUAUAAGACCGUUUUCGGAAAUUCGUUUCGGAAUAAACAAUAAAAUAUGUCUAACUAGCGUCCUAAUGGGAACGAUUUUCCGAAAUCGACCUUCCUCGAAAAUAUAUGCUGCAAACACUCGUAACUCUAACUGAUCAAUGGUUCACGUUAUGCAAUGCUGGCACACUUAGAAGAGUAAUGAAGUUAAACUAUAGCUAGUAGAACAAAUAAUCAACAAUAAUUUAUUGAAACUGCUGAAUUGAAUGAUGCGAACCAGGUGUCCACGCUCAAUAAUUGGAAUAAAAAACAUAUGUGAAAUUGUCA